AUGGGCCCCAAGCUCCUGUUUUGCUAUCGUAUCCUUAAGAAGAUUGGCAUGGUAGGUUCCAUACCGACUUGUAUUGGUCUUUGGGUUUCGUGUACUCUUGUCUUUUUCUUUAGCGACGAAGAAGCUAAAGGAAGUCUUUGUUUAGUACUCACUGUGAUCUCGUCUUUAUUCUCGAUGCUUCAAUAUCUUACUCAAGCACUCAAAAUCCUCUCUCAAAAAAAAGCCGUAUUUUAUCUUUCACAAGUGCUCGAGGGAAAGGCUCAAAAAAAGAGAAAAAUCAAGUCACCGACCCAAGAAACUCCCAUCAGCUCCGGUUUUGCUGCGGAUCCCAUCAGCUUAAGUUUUAAUUCGGAUUUGAAGAAACUUCAGGAUGAACUCAAUGCUUCUUCAAGUAUUAAUGGAAAAUAUGAAACACCCAUAUUUGAUAGUCCAAAAUAUGACAUUUCUCCCGCAGUUAAAGUAUCGUUUGUAGAAACUCAAAAUCCGGUCUCACGGUCUAAAGCAGUUCGAAAUCUGGAAACACAAUCUGACAUAAUUGGCGACCCCAUUUCAAAAUAUGGUGGAUCUUAUAAUACCGAUGCACGUCCUAAAAUAACUAACAAUAGUAUUGCACCGCUUAAAGCGCUACCUAAUCCCUCUGCUUUGACCGAGCUUUCAUCUUCUUUAAAGAAAUCACCUGCCAAUGAUUCUAUUGCAUUGCAAAGUUUUGAAUUUGCACCUUUAGUGGAUCUUGAAAGAAAUAAGUCGAAUGUGAAGGAUAAAACUGACGACAUCCCCAAAAUAUUUAACGAUGGAUUUUUCCUCAAUAAGAAUCUCAAUACAGCCAAAGUGCCAUGGUAUACAGAAAGCUUUAAGACGUUAUUCGCGGCGUUAAAUGAACUUCAAACGACUCAUUUUAUUUUUUUGCUUCCUUUGCUGAUUGAAAAGUACACGUUGAUCCUUCUUACUUUUAUCAAUGACUUUUUAUUAGAGUACAGUCUUUCAAACCAAUUCACCGCAUGUACAUUGUUUCUCAUCUAUAUAAUUUCUUUUGUAUCUGUUGUCGAGUGUUGUUGCUCCGCCAAAGAUACAUCUUCAACACCAGACGAUGAGGUCAAGAAACGCGAGAAGAAAAAGAAAAAUGCGGAAAUAUCAUCAUCGUCAUCGUCAUCAUCAUCAUCAUCAGAUUCUCAAGAUUCAUCAUCGUGGUUUACAUUUGGAAAUUCUGCGGACGAUAAAAACAGUAAGAAGUCCCGUGAUAAAAAAAAGGCUACCAAAGAUUCUUCUGAAUAA